GGCAGGGUGUUAGCAUCAUGCUAACCGGUUAGCCCGGGGUUUCCGCUUCAGCUCGCUGGAGGCUGUUCUCUUGUUUCGCGCAUUUCAAGCCUUUUUUUUUCCUCCAACCUCCAACAGUUCAACUGGUUUCAAAGAAAAGCUUCAGACUACCGCUCCUCCAGUGUGAAGUAUAACACAUCUGGACCUCACCGGUCGGGUGGUGUGGCAGCUUCCCCCGGCCGUGUCUCGUAGUUUGGGCGAUGGCUCCACACAAGCACAGCUCUUCAGGUGGAGGCCACCAUGUGGUGUUGGGUUCUGGAGGAAGAGCCAACGGGCUGUGCCCCCAGCAGCAGCCCAGCGGGCAGCUCGUUCAGGCCGACCACGAGCUGUUCCUGCAGGCCUUUGAGAAGCCAACACAAAUCUACAGAUUCCUGCGCACAAGAAACUUGAUCGCUCCUAUUUUCUUGCACAGGACGCUCACAUAUAUGUCCCACAGGAACUCGAGGAGCAACGAGAAGAGGAAGUCCUUCAAGGCCGAUGAUCUGCUCUUCGAAGUGGACAAAAUGAGAGGAGACCAGGAGGCUCUGGGCUUGGCCUCCAACCUGCAGCUCACCUUCACUGGCUUCUUUCAUAAAGCAGGAAAACCAUCUCAGGACAGUGAGAACGAGCAGAGCUCCGUGUCUCUGGAGGUCCUGCUGGUCAAAGUCUGCCACAAGAAGAGGAAGGAUGUCAGCUGUCCGGUGAAGCAGAUCCCGACAGGAAAGAAGCAGGUUCCUCUGAACCCAGACACGGGUGCUGGAGUCCAGGCCAAACUGGGCUCCCUGCCCACCCUGCUGGUUCCCAGCAGUGAGUUUGAACCCAGUAACUCUCAUAUGGUCAAGUCUUACUCCCUGCUCUUCAGGGUGUCCAGACCUGGUUCCCCCCGGACCCAAAUCAACGGCCUAACCAACGGAGAGCUCAGAGACGUCUCUGACGAGGCCGUCAACAGGAAGAGGAGGAGCUCGUCUCUCAGGGAGGAGGGAGAAGCAACGUUUGUGGCUCAGAUGACGGUCUUUGAUAAAAACAGGCGUCUGCAGCUGCUGGACGGAGAGUACGAAGUGUCCCUGCAGGAGAUGGACGAGUGUCCUGUCAGUAAGAAGAGGGCCACCUGGGAGACCAUCCUGGAUGGAAAGCGGCUGCCUCCAUUUGAGAGUUUCUCUCAGGGUCCGACCCUGCAGUUCACCUUACGCUGGACCAGCAACCCUUCUGACCGCUGCACGCCUCCUGUGGCCAAACCUUUAGGCACCCGCAACUCUGAGACCAACCAGGACACCAGACCGAGCACGCUGAGGGCCAUGCACCCUCAGGCUCUGAAAGACUCCAUGAAUGCUGAUGUUCAGACCAGGAGGGAACAGAUCUCAGCAGAGCCUCGACAGAAACUACGCAUCUUCUACCAGUUCCAGUACUACAACAACACGCGGCAGCAGACGGAGGCCAGAGAUGACCUCCACUGCCCCUGGUGCACGCUGAACUGCAGAAAGCUGUACAGUCUGCUCAAACACCUCAAACUGUCCCACUCCCGCUUCAUCUUCAACUAUGUGCCUCACCCUAAAGGUGCGAAGGUUGAAGUGUCCAUCAACGAGUGCUAUGACGGCUCAUAUGCAGGAAACCCUCAGGACAUCCACAGCCAGCCGGGCUUCGCCUUCAGCAGGAACGGUCCCGUCAAGAGAACCGUGGUGACCCACGUCCUGGUCUGCAGACCCAGGAGGACAAAAUCGAGUCUGUCUGAGUUCCUGGAGUUGGAAGACGAAGACCAGGAGCAGCAUCAGAGGACUUACAUCAGUGGACACAACCGUCUGUACUUCCACAGCGACUGCUGCCUGCCCAUGAGGGCUCAGGAGAUGGAGGUGGACAGUGAGGAUGAGCGGGACCCUGACUGGCUCAAAGAGAAGACUGUGAAGCAAAUUGAGGAAUUCACCGACGUUAACGAGGGCGAGAAAGAGAUCAUGAAGCUGUGGAACCUGCAUGUCAUGAAACAUGGGUUUCUUGCAGACAGUCAGAUGAACGAGGCAUGCCUCCUGUUCGCUGAUCACCACGGUGCUGCCAUCGUGGAGCAGAAUCUGCAGCGAAACUUCCUGCUGCACCUCAUCAGCAUGCACGACUUCAACCUGAUCGGCACGCAGACCAUCGACAUGGCGGUGACCCGUCUCCGUCUCCUGCAGAACCAGGAUGCUCGCAGACACGGAGAUGAGGAGGACGAGGAGGAAGACUGGGAGACGGCCGUGGAGUCCCAGCCGGAACCCGAUCCCGAUACGGAUAUAUCAGAGUUUAAAACGUGCGCUGAUGAAACCAGGAAUAGCAGCCGAAACAAUCAGCCGGAGGAGGCAACAGCAAAAACAAACUCCACGCAGAAAGUCAUGGGCUCGGUUCUGAAGUGACUCAUCUUCUACAGAACCCUGAACUGGACCCGAGUUCUGAGGUCCAGAGCCUACAAACAGAACACAGAUGACUCGCUGCAGAUGACCUUUUUAAAAUGUGGAAGCUCUGGAGCUUAGUUUUUCCUCCAGGACCUAUUUUUUCAGGAUUUAAACUAAAAAUUUAAUGGUGCUCAAAGCUGUUUGUUUGUUCAGGUUU